AAGUUUGUAAAUUGUCCUGUUUGACAAAAAUGACAAGGUUAACAGUUGAUAAUUAUAGGAAUAGCAACAGGGAGGUGCACAGCUUAUCUUGACCGAAAGGAAGAAAGUGCACUGCCUGGCUUUUUUGUUUGUUUGAAGUCUGUGGGUUCCUUUAAACCUUAGGGAAAGAGAAGUGUAAGAGAAAAAACAACAAUUUCACUGGCAGGCACAGUCACAAGUGGUGACAGGUGGGGCAUAGUGGCCCAUGCUUUUAAUCACAGCACUGGAGACGCAGAGGCAGGUGAAUCUCUGUGAGUUUAUCAAGGUCUACAGAGUUCCAGGCUAGCCAGGGCUACGCAAUGAGACCCUGUCUCAAAAGAAAAGAAAAGUGGCAGUGUCUAUGUUGUAACACUAGGAAUCUCCACUCCGCCUGGAAAUUUCCAUGCCUGGAGCUAUUUUCCUGGAACUAGAGGAAAGGGAAAACCCUUUGCUCGCUAAUUCCCACAGAAGAAUAGCAGCCCUCUGCUCAGCCCCACCCCCUCUACCCUCAAGUGGCCCCAAAUCCUCUCUGAAAGGGUUCAGUUCAAGUAUCAGCACAGCAACCUGUAAGACUCGGGAUAGGGUAGGCAGUGCGGAGGGCUUAGAUUAAAUGUCAUGACUGUGGCAGAACCAAGUUGCCCCACAUACGAAUUACCUGGGACCUAACUACCCUAGAUUGCCCCAUUUGAGGUUAGAUCAACCCCAGACAUGAACUAAGACUCCUCAGAGCUCUUGGAUUAGUCACAGCAUUGAAGAGAAAACUUCACUGAGCUAUACCUGGCAGGGAGUCUGGAGUUUCUGGUUUGGAAGCUCUGGAAGGCGUGUGGCAGGGGAGGGGCCUCGGGACAGUGGGAGGGCUGGUGGCUGGGGUUGAGCCCUAGUCAGCUAUGCGGCAGCUAAGGCCCCGUGAGCCCAGACCGGCCAGGACAAAGAGGCCAUCAGCAGUCUCUGGAACUCACCCAAGGGGACGCUCCACUUUGGACACCUCAGCUGCUACCGGCUGCAUUCGACAUCCUGAGGCCGCUUCCCAUCCUACACCCCAAAGAUGGAGGUGCUGCUGGGAGUGAAAAUCGGCUGCCUGCUGGCCCUUCUGGCUCUCACACUGGGCUGUGGCCUUGUUCCCAUCUGCUUCAAGUGGUUCCAGAUGGAUGCAGCCACAGGUCACCACUACCGAGUUCUCAGCCUCCUGGGCUGUGUCUCUGCUGGUGUCUUUCUGGGAGCAGGCUUGAUGCAUAUGACUGCUGAAGCCCUGGGGGGAAUUGAGUCGGAAAUUCAGAAGUUCAUGGUGCAGAACAGUACAGGAAGUAAGGGAAACUCUUCUCAGGAUGCUGACUCCAGCUACGUGGAGUAUCCCUAUGGAGAGCUCGUCAUCUCCCUGGGCUUCUUCCUAGUCUUCCUCCUGGAGUCGCUGGCGUUGCAGUACUGUCACGGGGACGCUGGCGGGCCAGCAGUGCAGGGAGAGCAGUGGAGAGGGACUCACGCCUUUGAAUUCCACAAGCACCCGCCUGUGCCGUCACCCGCACGGGGUCCCCUGCGCACCCUCAUCCUCCUGCUCUCUCUGUCCUUUCACUCCGUCUUCGAGGGUCUAGCCGUGGGGCUGCAGACGACAGUGGCGGCUGCAAUACAGCUCUGCGUGGCCGUUCUGUCUCAUAAGGGGCUUGUGGCGUUCAGCGUAGGCCUGCGGCUGCUGAAGGCUGGCACCGGGUCGCGGUGGGCCACGCUCUGCGUACUGUCGUUAGCGCUCAUGUCUCCUGUGGGCUUAGCCGUAGGGCUGACUGUGGCUGGGGGGGCCUCGGGGCCGGAGCAGGGAUUAGCCCAGGCUGUAUUAGAGGGAAUAUCAGCUGGCACAUUCCUAUACGUCACCUUCCUAGAAAUUUUGCCCCGGGAGCUGGCUUGCCCUGAGGCCCCCCUGGCCAAGUAUGGCUGUGUAGCUGCUGGUUUUGCCUUCAUGGCUCUUAUUGCCUUGUGGGCCUGAGAGGUUCCUCACUGCACUGACGGACCUAUCUAGGAUGACUUCUCCUGAGGACACCCCCUAAAUGGCUUUGGCCCUCACUCAUUUUUUUUUUCAGUGAGACUAAGCAUUUUUCUAGGCACGAACUAUCCCAGGUUUUAUAUAUGUGAGAUCCUGUUCUUGCUCGAGACUUAGACAGGAUGUUUUACGUGCCUGUUUAACGGGAAAAUUGGUUUCCAGACCAUCACUCCAGAAUAGCUAGUAUGUGUAAUAAAAUGCCCAUUUUACUGUUUCCCCUCAACCACACUGUAAUUCAAGUCUAUGAUGAGGAAAAGGGGGCGUGGGGGGAAUCGGGACCCGUAGUCAUUUUCGUGGUUACAGGUCAUUCCCCCAGACAUAGCAAGACUGCUAGGACUUCAACAACCCUUUGUUGCCUUGCCCCUGGGAGCUGAGAAAUAGAAUACCAUGUAGAGGGAGAAGGGCAUUUAAAAACAGAAACCAGGGCGAGAUCUUCCUCCUCCACUGACUACCUCACCUCACUCUCAGUGCCUGCCAUUCACGCUGAGUCCAAAACACCAUUGCUACCCUUGAGCUUCUCUUUCUGGCUGCCACGGGCUGAAGGAUUAAAAGCCAGUGUCUGCAGAGUAGAGCCGGCGCCAAAUAAAUACCUCCGGUGAUUAUUCUCAAGUGUAAACCACCUAGCGGCUCCCCUUCCGCCUGCCUGACCAGCUGCUACCAAGGACAGUGCAAAAAAGCAGCUCUCCUGGAAUUGAGGAGGGACAGGGUACCGGCUCCCCUGCCCUGGCCUAGUUGGAGCAUCUCACACUCCGGUGAAGAAAUAAGACAGGAAAGGUGUGCCCUGAAGCUCACACCCUCACCACUCUGCCCCUUCUUGUGAUUUUCAUGUGAUGCCGCAAACAGCUUUAACACGAACGAACUCUCCCGAA